GCUUCCCCCUUUCCUCCUGCCGUGUGCCUGUGAGCUCCAAUUUCUGCCUGCCCAGCCAGUGACUCUCUCUCUCUUUCUCUGUUACUCAUAGUCGGUCUCACUGAGUCUCAGCACUCUAGAGCAAUCAUGCAAACUUCCAGGCAAACUACAUACUCCAUGCGUUCCUCUGCCAGCAGUAGGGCCCCUGCCAUGUCCAUCACCCGCACCUCUGUACCUGUCUACAAGGCCCAGUCCAUCCACGGUGGGGCCGGUGGCUCCCGCAUCAGUGUGUCCUCCAGCUUCAGAAGCUCCCUGGGAGCCGGAAUGGGAGCCGGUGCCGGAGCAGGGGGAUUCUCCAGCAGCGUCCAGGUGAGCGGGAACAAUGCAGACAUCAUGGGCAAUGAGAAGUUCGCCAUGCAGAACCUGAACGACCGGCUGGCAAGCUACCUGGAGACAGUGAGGAGCCUGGAGAAGGCCAACCACAAGCUGGAGAUAAAAAUUAAAGAGGCCCUGGAGAAGAGUGGACCUGACUUCAGAGACUACAGCAAGUACCAGCCUAUCAUUGAUGACCUGAGGAAGAAGAUUUUUGAUGCCACCUUGGACAAUGCCCGGCUGGUUCUCAACAUCGACAACGCUCGCCUGGCAGCUGACGACUUCAGAGUAAAGUAUGAGUCUGAGCAGGCCAUCCGUCAGUCUGUGGAGGCUGACAUCGUCGGUCUGAGGAAACUCAUCGAUGACACCAACCUGAGCCGCAUGAACCUGGAGAGUGAGAUUGAAGCCCUGAAAGAGGAGCUCAUCCACCUCAAAAAGAACCAUGAAAAUGAAGUCAUGGAGCUUCGUAACCAGAUCGCCAGUUCUGGUGUCCAUGUAGAUGUUGACGCACCAAAGGGUCAAGAUUUGGCUCAGAUAAUGGCAGAAAUCCGGGCCAAGUAUGAAAAGAUGGCACUGAAAAACCAGGAAGAACUCAAAGCAUGGCAUGAAUCUCAGAUCGUCGAAGUUCAGACACAGGUGUCACAGAACACAGAGGCCCUCAAGGGUGCCCACACAGAGGUGAACGACUUGCGCAGACAGUUACAAACCAUGGAAAUUGAGCUGGAGUCACAGAGAAGCCUGAAAGCCUCUCUGGAGGGUACGCUGAGGGACACGGAGGUCCGUUACAACAUGGAACUCGAGUCGCUCAAUGUCGUCCUCUUGGGCCUGGAGGCAGAGCUCACGCAGCUGCGGAACAACAUCCAGCAUCAAUCGCAGGAGUACGAGUCCCUGCUGAACACAAAGAUGAAGCUGGAGGCUGAGAUCGCGACGUACAGGCGACUGCUGGACGGAGGGGACUUCAAGCUGCAGGAUGCUCUGGAGGAGCAGAAAACAGUGACCAAGACCAAAGUAAUGACCGUCACACAGACCCUGGUGGACGGCAAAGUGGUCUCCUCCAGCACAGAAACAAAGCAACUUUAAGGAUGAAACUGAACACCCCAUACCCCCAUCACCACCAAAAACAAAACAUUAAAACCAGAAAACAGUUGGCAAACAAAUGCUUUCUACCUGUAUCCAAAAUGAUUUUAUAGCCAAACAGACGGCAAACAGAAGCCCAUGAAAUCCAUAAGAUCUUUGUUAAACUUUGCACCCGGGCAUAACAGUUGUUGCAUAGGCUGAUGAAAAUUGGAUUAGAGGAAAACAAAAUCAUCUGUUAUUUAUUUCAUCGUGGGUUUAUUUAUGUCAUUCUUUUCGGUCCAUCAGGUCUUUACAACAGUAUCAGAAUUGGUGGACUGCGCCAUUGUUUUAGGAGAUAAACUCAUUGAGGAAGAUUUCAAAGCAAAUAGGGUCCAAUUGAAAGCUAUUUUAAAAUCUAAUUGUUUAUUUGGUUUUGGUUUUCCUUUCUUUCAGUUUGGUCUGCCUGCUGUUCUGUGAUGAUUAAACAGUUCAAUAAAGUCCUUUUGAGAGAAA